AUGCACACAGAAGAUGAGCGCGAAUCGAGCUCUGCAGCUUGCCUAAAAUGCCUGCGAACUGCGAAGUUGCCAGUUGCCACUUACUUUUUGACGUUUGCCAGCCGGUGGGCAUUG